UACUGAGUGAGCUGUGAUUGGUCACAGCUUAUCACAUGGUACAAGGCUGUUAUUUCACACGUAGUAAGCUUACUACUUUGCAUGUGAUCACUGAUUGGCCAAUCAGCGAUCACAUGAUCGGGACCUCGUACGAAAGUCCCGUCUGACGAUCGGUGUUCCACUGUGUCCCAGGGAGCGCGCACAAGCAGGGUGCAGGGAGGCCGUUUUAUAAACGGCCACCCGACCCUGCACUGCCACCAUCAGGCCAUUUAUA